AUGUUCCUCAUGGGCCUUGGGGCUGCCGCAGCAGCAAGUGCCGCAUUUGUAUUGCCGCUAUUUCUCUACUACCACUUCGUUGACAAGAGGAAGAGCACUCCGAUUGCGGCUGUUUCCUUCUGUGGUACACUCACCUUUGCCCUUCUUCUGGCCUUUCUCGUGCCCAUUGACAUCAUGCAAGCCUCCACAGCCAACUCUGCUGCGGUACGGGGGACUGAGGCCUCCAAAGAGCUACAGCCGCCGCCGUCUGUGGCUGAAGCUGCUGCUGCAGCCCAUGCCUCCAACGUUGCAGCAGCAGCAUUUACCCCUGCGGGAGCAGCAGCGGCAGCAGCUGCCACUGCUGGCUGGGCAGCACUUACAAAGGUCGUCCAUCCCCUCACCCCUGAGGUGUUACAACAGCUGUACCUUUCCCUUGGCAUCGCUGUCUUCCUUUGCUGCUUUAUAUUGACACCUGCGGCUAUCUUCUAUGCCAACGAGAGCGACAGGAGGCGGGAUUUCGAUGAGGUUGAAGCGUUCCCUUGUAAGGCCACUUUUGCAGCGGUGAGGAAGACCGUUUUAUUCGUCAUCGCUGCGUGCGUGCUGCUCCUGGUGUUACUGGCAGUGAGGCCCGGCAUGCCUCCUCCAGCUUUUUUUAGACCAGAGGAGCCCGUUGUGCAGCAGCAGCUUCUGCAGCAGCAGGAGCAUCCGGAAGGAAGCACUGCUGGAAGGAGCUCUGCCGGCCUCAUGGCAGCAGCAGCAGCAGCGGCUUCUGCGGCUGCUGCUACGGCCAGUGCUGCUGCUGCAGCAGCAGCUGCAGCGGCACAACGCGUCGACUCGGACGCCGUGCAGCUGUACACAGCUCAGCUGCUGGGGGUACACAAAACAGGAGUGGAUUCUCUGCUGUAUUUGGGCGCCUGUUUCCUUUGUGGGGAAGUGCAGUUUGACUCUCGUGCCGCUGUGGUGCGCUUGCUGUUGCUGCAUCUCGGAUUUGUUGCUGCUGCAGCACAGGGCGUGUGGAUCAUCUUUGGGGCCUUCGGUUUGGCGUGCCUCCCUUUCGCCUGGCUCCAACGUCCUCCUUCCACUGAGCAGCAGCAGCAGCAGUUGCAACACGCAAUAGCAGCAAUACGAGAACAGCAGCGCUUGCUCCAGAACAAAUAUGCUGGAGGCCGGCAAAUGAACCCUUUCGACGCUGAGACGUUCCAGCAGCUGCGGGCGCAGCAGCGCAUCUGCAGCGAGAGGAAGUACAAAUUGCAGUACAUGCAUUGGAUAACAACUACGGGGAAUUUAAAAACCCCGCCAACGCCUUCGGGCACAGUCGAGGUCCUCAUUAGGCGGCUGGAGGCCUCUGCGUGCGGCUGGCGCUGCGGCUUCGCCGCCCCCAACUCUGACGGCUCCCCAACGCCUGCAGAUGCGGUUCUAUUGCUUCUUUCGUCAGGGGUUUGUACGGCCUGCUGCGGCUGCUGCCCCUUUGCACAUCCAGACACAAGCGACUCCGCGAAUGGCAGCUGCAUGUCGUUGUCAAAGGAGGGUCAAGUUCCCCGCAGCUUAGCUUGCAUUGUUGCAGCUGCUGCGCACCUUGGUGCCUCACGAACUCUCUCUACUGAGGCAAAGCUGCGGCCUUGUGCUUCUUUGUCUCGUCAGGCGGCACCUCAAUACGCUUCCUUCGGUAACCAAACGUUUGUCCCUCAACUUCUGCUCUUUUUGCUGCUGCAGAAUGGGUCGGAUGCCAUCACGUGUUCGCUGCAUGCAGCCGCAGCUGGCACGUCGUGCCGCCUCACUGUGUUUGCUGCUGCUCUUUCGCGUGUGGCCUUCGUCGGAGUCCUGCUUUGUUUGGUCUAUGUAGCCGCUUGCCAGCGGACGGUGCCCCUCCACUUGAGCACGUGGGACUCUCAGCAACAGAGAACAGCAGCAGCAAGAGACGAUCUAGAUGACUUGGCAGAGGUGGACGAGUCCGAUCGGCUGAUUGGUGUGUAG